AUACUUCCCCAUCCUUUUUCUGGGAAUUCCCACCCCAGGUCAUGGAGAGGGUGAAAGAGCAGAGGCUGUGUGAUGCCUACUGCAGUCGAAUAGGCCGCCAGUACCCCUCCCCCUCCCCACGCCUAAGCUGGUCACUCGUGGGGUCGGGCUUUUCUUUGGAGGUUGUGUGCGAAAAGAGGGGAGGAGAGGGUCACAUUGGGGUGAUGCCCCUCCACAAGUACCCCCCCAAGAUCUGGCAAUCGCUGCGACUGAAGCAGGGGAUUUACGCACGGUUGCCGGCCCAUUAUCUCUGCUCCCUCGAAGAGAAGCAGGAGCCCACACCGGUUCACUUUAAGCCCCACGGGGUCAAAUUCAAGCGGAACCCGCACACCGGGCAACCGGAACGCGUGCAAGAUGUGCCGAUUCCUAUCUACUACCCUCCAGAGUCUCAGAGAGGGCUGUGGGGCGGAGAGGGCUACAUACAAGGAUUCAGAUACGCCAACAACGACAAGCUGUCCACACGCUUGAGGAAAACGUGGAAGCCGCAGUUGUUUAUGCGAGAACUUUACAGUGAAAUCCUGGACAAAACCUUCACUAUUCAAGUGACCAUGCGGACGCUGGACUUAGUGGACGCUUGUUACGGUUUUGAUUUCUACAUCUUGAAGACGCCCAAGGUCGACCUGAAUUCAAAGCUGGGGAUGGAUCUAAAAAGGGUAAUGCUCCUGAGACUCGCUCGCAAGGACACAGAGCUUUACCCCGACGAUGCAGAGAAACGGGAGCUCAUCUAUAACAAAUACAAGGCAUUUGUAAUUCCUGAAGAGGAAGCAGAGUGGGUUGGUCUGAGCCUUGAGGAAGCUGUGCAGAAACAGAUGCUGCUGGAGAAGAAGGAUCCUGUGCCGCUGUUUAAAGUUUACGCUGAGGAACUAGCCCAUGAACUGAGCUUGCAGAAAUUGUCAGAGCCAGUGGUCAUAGGAAAUAAAUCGUAACGGAGCAUGGCCCCUUUAAGACCAUCAGAGCCGCAGGUUAUUUAACCAAUGAAAGAUGUGUUUUGAUGAUGCUGUUGUCAGCUGACCUCUUUGCUAAUGUUGACGAGAAACCUCAAAGGUUAAAGUGACUGAACUUGUGACUUGAAGUCCAAAUUAAAAGACUUUUUUUUGUACA